AUGACGUUCAUUCGUGUCUUGGCCGUGCUGGCCCUGUGCCUGGUCGCAUCUGCCAUUUCUGCCGGCGCAACCGAAAUCGUUUCGGCAUCGCUUCAUCGUCGAUCAACGAUUGACAUCACCGACUCCCCCCUAGUCCGUGCUUCAAAUCAUUCGCAGGAAAAUGUUUCAAUCACCAUACAGGUGGGUUUCAUUCACGAAAUCGCAUCGCUUCGCUCAGAAGAUCGCCAAGGUGGCAUCAAUUUCGCACGGCUCUACGCCGACGGAGCGGCAGCCCACAUCUUGUUCCGCGAUGUCAAGUACACCGAGAUCACCCCUUUCGUCGAGUUUGAAAUCGAGGGACGCGACCUCCUGAACCACACCGCCGUUACCUUCGUUCUGUUGAAUCGCACCGACGGCGCCAUUCUCGCCAACUUCACCGCCUCCGUGGUUGACGGAGAGCAAGUCACGGUGGUUGGCAUCGAUGAAGGUAAAACCAUCAACGCCAUGAUCCUGGAUAACAUUAAGAGCUACGGCAUGGACCUGGCAGCGGUGCGCUUCAUCAACGUUGCCACCAACAUCACCGACAUCACCGUCUUUGGAGUGUCUGCCAACUGCUAUCGCUGCGUGGCCCUACCCAUCGUCUCCUUCAACGCCACACGCAGGGCGACCCCGUACCUGGCCCUCGAUACCACCUUUUCGAUCGCCUUCAAGCUCCUCGACGUCAGCGGGGAGGACCUCGUCUUCCUGCUGCCCCACCUGGACCUCAGCUCGGCCGACCUGCGUCAGCGCCACGACGAAGCAGCCCUUCGCGCGCUGAUCGAGCUCCACCACGACACGCACGACGAAGAGGGCCGACCGCUGGCCGGCGCCGGCCUGAUCAGCAGCUUCGACUACCACUUCGGCGAGCACGGCGUAUACACGGUCAUCUUCCGUGAUGCGACCCAGCCCGAGACGGACAAGGGCCUCGUCGUGGCGCAGAUCGAGGUGUCGAGCGAGCCGGACGACCCCAACGUGCCGAUCUACGUCGCCAUGGGCAUCAUCGGUGCGCUGACCAUCGUGUACCUGGUGGGCACCUACGUCUGGCGCUUCGGCUCUAGGGCGUGGGAGGAGCACCAGCACAAGAAGAACGGCGGCGACGCCCUCGAUUCCAUGUAUGGCGGCGGCCAGGCUGACAGGCAGAACGGCCCAAAGCCGGCACCGAGAGUGAGCUCGCGAGUCAAUUCGCUUGAUGCUGUUCGCGGUCUAGCGAUCGCCAUCAUGAUCUUCGUCAACUAUGGAGGAGGUGGCUACUGGUUCUUCAACCACUCGGCGUGGAACGGCAUCACGGUGGCCGAUCUGGUGUUCCCGUGGUUCAUCUGGAUCAUGGGCACCUCCAUGGCCAUCUCCUUCACCUCCCUGGAGAAGAAGCUUCUGGGUCUGUUCCAGAACAACGGCUACGAGUGGGAGACGUGGCGUAUCCCGGGCGUCCUGAUGCGCUUCGCCGUAGCGUACCUCGUUGUGGGCGUCGUGGUCCUGUUUGUGCCCAGGUGGCCGUGGCGGUUGACCUACCGUAUCUACCGCCGGUUUACCUCCGGCGGCCACCACCGACACGCCGCCGACGGAGCCGCGUCGCCCAUCCUCGAGCGCAAGCGAUUUGCCAGCGAAGCCAUCAACUUCGACGAGGACACUGACAAAAGCGAUGACGGGUUCUCGCGCAACGUGUUCGCCGCGGAGGACGACGAAAGCUGCGAGAACAUGAUGAAGGACAAGUGGGUCUAUACCCUGUUCGGAGACAUUCUGCCGUUCUGGCCGCAUUGGCUGGUGGCGUUCUCGCUCCUCUUCGUGUACUUCAUGAUCACCUUCUUCCUCGACGUUCCCGGCUGCGGCAGGGGCUACCUCGGGCCCGAUAUUUCGACUGCUACGGGCGGAGCUGCGGGCUACAUCGACAAGAAGAUCUUCACCGAGGACCACAUCUACAACCAGCCCACGUGCCAACCGCUCUACCUCACGGGCUCGUACGAUCCCGAGGGCACCCUGGGCAACCUCACCUCCAUCUUCAUGGUAUUCCUGGGCCUGCAGUCUGGCCGGACGCUGAUGGCGUGGAAGGACCACAAGCACCGCGUUGUGCGGUGGUAUAUCUGGAGCAUCGUCCUGGGCUUCAUCGCUCUUGGUUUGUGCGAGGCCAAGCAGAACGGCGGCUUCUUCCCACUCAACAAGAACUUGUGGUCACCGUCGUUCAUUCUGGCCACCGCCGCGAUGGCCUUCUUCCUGCUGGCCACCUUCUAUUUAUUGAUCGACGUCUUCCCCAUCUGGAGCGGCUCACCCUUCCGCUUCAUCGGAAUGAACCCGAUUCUGAUCUACUUGAGUCAUGAGAUCCUCAACGGGUAUAUGCCGUUCAGCUGGGACCCCUACGGCGACAACACCCACCGCAUGAAUCUCGCGAUGAACCUCACCGGCAUGUCCAUGUGGUGUCUCAUCGCCUACUGGAUGUACUGCCACAAGUUUUUUAUCAGCAUCUGA